AUGAUUUUUAAUUACUUAAUAGUAGUAGGGCUGUCGAUUUCAUAAAUCUUAAGUUAGUUUUACUCUCUAGAAUCAGAGUAUAACUUUUUAUUUAUUCUAUAGCAAUCUUAUUUAUCCCCUUAAGUUAUAGCAUAAUUUUGGAAAUUUAGAGAGUUAAAAUAUCUACUUGUAUAAUGUAAAUGACUUUGGAAUCAAUAGCUCAUAAGAGGAUUUUAAUAUUGGAAGUAUUAUUUCUAUCAAGCUUAGUUUGGGUGAAUCCUAUAAGGAAUAAUUUAGAUCAACAUAUAAUGCAAAUUAAUGAAAACACAAUCAACAUAUUAUAUGGUUAAUAACUAUUUAAAAUUUAUGUUUAGAAUUAAUUCUAUCCAUUUGUUUAAAACUAAAUACAAAAUUCUUGGUUAUAUGUUUAUUACUAAUAAAUUGUGGCAUAUGGAAAACAACAACUUUGUUAUAUAGAAAUUUAUUAUGAUAAUGGACAAUAACCUAAAUGUUUUUAAUUGCAAUAAAAUAAUUAUUAUUCUUUUGGCUUUCUAUAACCAGCGAUAAAUUAAUAUAAUUACUUUAAUACUAAUUAUGAGUUAUCCCUUUAUCCAUUUGAUGGAGAAGCUAUCUCUAUUACAAUGAAAAAAAUGAGAGUAAUUGAGGUGAAUAAUAAUUUGUAAAUGAUUGAUCUUUUGACUAUCAUGACAUAUGUCGAACCUGAAGUGAUAUUAGAUUUAAAAAUGUAUGAAAGAAUACAAACCCAAAUUUUAAAAGACUGGAGUAAUUAUUAACAUAUUGUACAAUUGGGAGAUUCAUUAUAAUAGGAUAUUUAUGAUCCCCUAAUUGUUGUAAACGAAUAAAUGAUAUAAUUUUCAACCAAAUAAUACAUUCAGAUUGAUAAUUUUUUAAUUUCCAAAUCAAUAACAAUAGAGUUUUAAUUAACUUCUGCUCCUAUUUAAUAAGAGUUAAUUAUAUUCUCAUUUAUUUCGAAAAGGGAAUAAUAAUAAAGAAUUAAGAUUUCAGCAAAUAUUAAUUCAUAAAUUAUUAUAGUUUCAUUUUCAUAGUAUAGUCAAAGCUUUAGUUGUUCCAUAGAUUUUCAAUAAAAAUUAAUGUUGGGAAUUAUAAAUUUGGUUAAAAUGACUUAUAUUUAAUUUAUCUAAACGGAUUAGAUAAAAUGUUUGAGCUCUUAUUUUGACGUAUUUGAUUUAACAGAUGUAGAUAAAUUAUUUAUAGGAUCAUUUGAGAGUAAAUAUUGAUAUAAAUAAAGAUUUAAACUAAGAAUCAUUUUAUUUGUCUAGUGUGAGAAUUAGUAAUGGAUUUUACUCACCUUAUUAAUAUUUAUAAGACGGAAUUUGUACAUAUUCUAUCAAUUAAUGUUUUUAUUGCUUAAAUGUAAUUUAUAUCUGUCUAUAGGUUUAGGGUUAUUAUUUAUUUUAAGGGUAGUGUGUUGAAUAAUGCCCAAUAUAUUAUGUGUUAAAUUAAUAACUUUAAGAAUGUGUUCCUAAAUGUCAUCCUACAUGUUUAGAUUGUGAUUAAAUGUAUCCAAAUAAUUGUUUGCUUUGUGCUGGCAUCAGAAUUAAUGAACCAGAUUGUAAAUGUCCUGCUGGGUAUUUUGAUGAUGGGAUUUCACCAGAUUGUAUAAGUAAAUUAAUAAAGAAAACUAUUAUUAGAAUACUUACCUGAUAUGACAAUUGAUUCAGGUAUAUUUGAAUUUCAAUGUUUUACUUAAGCUGAUAAAUUAUAUUAGAUAAAGUUUUCAAAAAUUUAUUUGAGUUUGCCUUAUGUAGCAAUUACUUUAUUAGGACAUAUAGAUUCUUAUUUUUAAUCACCAAGAGAAUUCUAAGUUUUCUUAUCAGAAGUUUAAAAUACAUUUUUUUUUAUAAGAGUUUUAUGCUUUACUCAAGAUGGAAGUUAUAAAAUUUAAUGGGUAGCUGGUAAGAGUAAUAACUUUCUAAAUGUCAUUUAAACAGAUUAAUAAGGGUUAUUUGCUACUGCUAUUCUGAAUACUUCCUUUUAGAACAUUGUUUCAGCUGGAAUUUUAGGAUGGUGUUUAGAUUCAUUAUAAUAUUUAUAAAUAGAUUUAAAUCUUUAAUAAUAAUCCUCUUCGCAAUUUGAAUUUACUUCAUUACAAAAUUUAUACGUGCUAAAAUACUAAUUUUUUCAUUUUGUUAAUUAUAUUUACUAUUAAUUCAAUUUAACUUUUAAUUCAGAAAAAUAGUUCAAUGGUUUUUCAAUAGGAGGUGCAACAAUCACAUAUGCUGUUGAUUAAUUUCCUUUAAGUAUACCAACAUUUUUAUCAAUCAGAAGAUUAUAAACAACCAAUUCAUAUUGCCCUCAAUAUUAUAUUACAGAAAAGAAAAAGCCUGGUUAAAUAGAAUUUAAGAUGAAAACUAAUGGAUCUGUAACAGUGAAUUACUUUUUAGCUGAUCUUAUAUAUUUAGCAGUUUCAUGUAAUGAUUCACUAAAGUCAUGUGAUUAUAUUAGUGAAUUAUAAAAAUGCAAUAGAAUAUUAUCUGAUUGUUAAUGUAGUUCAUCUUAAUAUCUUGAUAUAAAUAACAAUCUCUGUAUUGAUUGUAGUCCUAAUUGUUUAACUUGUGACAUUAAUUAUACUAAUUGUUAAUCUUGUUCAUUAGAAUCUAAAAAAUAAUUAUUUUUGAAUUAUUUCAUAAAUUAUUAUUAUUGUGGAUGUUCAAUAACUCAAUAUGAAGAUAUGAAUGGAAUUUGUCAAGAAUGUGAUCCUAAUUGUAAUGAAUGUUAAAUGACAUCUAAAUACUGUUUAAAUUGUAAAGAUAUUAAUUAGAUAAUAAAUCAAUUAAAUUAAUGUGAAUGUAGAUUCGGUUACUUAUAAACAGAAUUAGGAUGUUAAUGUAAUAAUAUUAAAUAUAUUAGUAUGUCAACCCCCUUGUUAAACUUGCGAAUUCACUUUAACAAAUUGCCUAUCUUGUUAAUAUCCAAUUUAAGUGAUUCCAACAUGUUAAUGUCCAACAGGAUAUCAAAUAGUUAAUGGAAAUUGUUUUCAAAAUUGUCCUCUCUUAUGUCUGAACUGUGUUAUAGAAACUUCAUGUAUUACUUGUGUUUCCUUUUCUUCUUAUAAUGCUUUAUCAAAUGUUUGUGAAUGUUAAAAUGGAUAUUUUAAUAAUAAUUUAGAAUGUCAAAGUAAAUAUUUAUUAUUCUAAUAAAGGUUGUGUAUAUCCUUGUGUAAAUUGCAUAUCUUUAAAUUAAUGCACCUAAUGUAUUGAUUAAACUUACUAUAUUGAUAUCACUUGCUAAUUAUGUAUAUAUCCAUGUUUAGAAUGUACAACUUCCAGUUAUUGUCUCUCUUGCAUAAACUAUUAUUAUUUAUCAAACAAUCAAUGUUUACUCUGUAUUCCACCUUGCUUGACAUGUAAUGAUCUUACAGUUUGUAAUUCUUGCAUUGAUAAUACUUAUUAUCAUGAUUAAUCAACUAAUUAAUGCAUAUGUAUAUCAUUUUUAUACUUUUAGUAUGUAUUUCACCAUGCCUUACAUGUGAAACAGAUGUUUAUUGUAGCACUUGUAUUAAUACCAAUUAUUAUUUAUCCUCUGCUAAUACUUGUUUAAGUAUAAUAUAUUAUUUAAUAUAUUUAAGAUUGUGUUAAUUAAUGUAAGAAUUGCUUAUCAGAAACUUAAUGUAUUGAUUGUAUUCUUGGUUAUUAUAUUGAUAUAAAUUUAGCAUGUCAACGUAAAUUAUCAUUCUUACUUUUAGCAUGUAUUUCGCCUUGUAUUUACUGUUCAACAAUUGAUAUCUGUGAUUUAUGUUCUGAUGGAUAUUUCUUAGAUACUACCUUUUAAUGUUAACGUAAAAUAAUUUAAUCAUAAUCUAUUAGCAUGUCUCAAACCUUGCUUAACUUGUAUAAACACUUAAUCUAGUUGUCUAUCUUGCAUUGAUUCUACAAUGACUUAAUCUAAUGGAAGUUGUAUCUGUGCUUCAAAUUAAUUCUAUGAUUCACUUACUUCCAUUUGCAAAAGUAUUAUCUUCUAUACUAUAUAUUCAAGAUUGCCAUCCAACAUGUACAUCUUGUUCUAAUCCAGAUAAUUGUUGUUCUACAAUUUUAUAUUCACAGUUCAAUAUAUCAACUAAUACUUGUGAAUGUUAAAAUGGGUAUUAUUAAUUAUCAUUAAACACUUGCUUAUGUAAAUAAAAAUUAAAAUUUAAUAGUAUGUGUUUCACCUUGCUUAUAUUGUUCCAGUUAAUCUGUCUGUACAUCUUGUGUUGAUGGAUAUUAUCUAUCAUCAUCAUCCUCAUCAUAAUCAUCUUGUUUAAGUAUGAAAACAUAUACAUAUCUUAGCUUGCACAUCUCCUUGUUUAAAUUGUAUUAAUACAUCAACAUAAUGUUUAAGUUGCGUUUCAAUUAAUAUGGUAAUUAUUAAUUAAACUUGUACUUGUCCUUCAAAUUAUUAUAUGAAUUCUACUCUAACAGAUUGUAUUCAAUGUCAUUCUACUUGUUUAACUUGCACUAAUUCUAAUGAUUGCUGUCUCAUAACUGAAUUUAAAAUUUUCGAUUCCGUUAGUAAUAAUUGUAGAUGCAAAAAUGGCUAUUUUGAUUCUAAUGGUAUAUGCUAAUGUAAAAAUAUUAUCAAUUAUAACAGAAUGCAAUCAAAAUUGUUUAACUUGUGAAAAAACUUCAACUAAUUGUUUGAGUUGUGAUAUUAAAUUUAAAUUAGAGGCUUAAGAAUGUAAAUGCAUUUUACCUAAUCAAUUUAUUAAUCAUGAUUUAGGAUUAUGUGAAAGUAAACCUAUUAUUUCAUCGUUUUAGAUUGUUCAUCAAAUUGUUAAACUUGCUCAAUGAAUGCUAAUAAUUGUUUAAGUUGUGAUGAGACAAAAAAGUUUUAACUUAUAAAAGGUGUUUGCUCAUGCAAAACAAAUGAAUAUUAAAAUAAUAAUGGAAUUUGUACUGAAUGUCAUAAAAGUUGUGUAUCAUGUGUAAAUGGUUCAGAAAUUGGAUGUUUGGGUUGUAUCUCAUUAAGAAAGAUGAAUCCUGAGAAUAAAUUAUGUGAAUGUACAGAUGGAUAUUUUUAAAAUGAUAAUUAAGAAUGUGUAAAAUGUAAUCAUAAAUGUGGAAAAUGUACUUAUAAUAAUUAAUGUUUAACAUGUUCUGAGAAUAGAUCUCUUAGUUAAGAUGGUUUUUCAUGUAAUUGUAAUUAAGGAUUCUUUGAGAAUGAGAAAGAGAUUUGUUUAAGUAAAAUAAUAUUAAAAAUAUAUAGAAUGUUCUCCUCCAUGUUUUAAUUGUUCUAGUAUAUAAGAUUGUUUAAGUUGCAUUGAUGGUAUAAUAUUUAUUAUAAAAUAAAAAAUAGUAAAUAGAGAAGUGAAGGAAUAUCGAUGUUAAUGUUAAAAGGGAUAUUUUGAGACAGAAUAGAAUUAAUGUGAAAGUUGUUCAAGUAUAAGAGGUAAAGUAAAUGAUAUUUGUAAUUAUAUAAAUUGUGGUGAUGGUGAAUUAACAAAAGGAGAAUAAUGUGAUGAUGGUAAUAAUAUUAGUAGAGAUGGUUGUACAGAUUGUAAAAUAGAUUAAUUUUUUACUUGUACAAAUAAAAUGUUAUCAAGAUCAAUUUGUUUUUAAUGUGUUAUGAAUUGUUAAACAUGUUCUUUAAAAGGACUAAAAGGUUCUUGUGAUUAAUGUUAUAAUGGUUAUUUUUUUAAAAAUGAUGAAUGUUUAAAAUGUUAAGAUAGUUGUGAAACUUGUAAAGAUAAUAAAACUUGUCUGACAUGUACAAUAAUAGAUGCUAAACCUGAUGAAUUAGGAUUAUGUCCUAAAUGUACAAAUGUUAAAGGAUAUUAUAUUAUUAAUCGUAAAUGUAUUACAAAAUGUGGUGAUGCAAUAUUAGUAGAAAGUGAAUAAUGUGAUGAUGGUAAUAAUUUAGAUGGAGAUGGUUGUGAUUCGUAAUGUUAAAUAGAAAAGUAUUAUUCUUGUAAAGAAACUAUAUGCACUAAAAUACCUUAACCUUAAGUUGAUGCUACUUAUACAAAUUCUACUACAUCUGAAAGUAUCGCUCUAAAUUUUCCUAUUGAUUAAGGAGAUCCUUGUACUAAAAUAAACAUCACUAUUGAUUCUUUUCUUUCUAAUGAUUUUUUAUCUUUUAUCAAAUAUGAAUAAAUUGAUGAUAAUAUUUCAAAAUGCAACAUUGAUUUUUAAUUUAAUAAAACUAUUGAUGUUGGAAACCUUAUACAUAUCUUUAUUCCAGUCAAAAUUAGAACUUCUAAAAGAAUACUAGAAGAAGAAACUAGAGAAAUUAUUAUCACACCUAGAAAAAAAGUUAUUUAUUCUUAAAAUCAAGUUUAAUUAGCUUAAAGUGCUAGUAAUGCCUAAUCUGCAUUUGGUGAUAUGCUCUAUUUUAUAGCACCUACUACUGUUAUAAUAGGAGGAUUUAAUUUCUUUUGGACUAUUUUGGAUAUUUUAAGUUGGAUUAAUAAUCUUUAUUAUAUUAAUAUUUAUUUCCCUGAAAAUGUUAGAAUUUUCUUCCAAAAAUCAGCUUGGGGAGAUUUUUAAAUAUUCCCACAAUUUUUUGUUCUUAAUGAACCAUAAGAUCCUUAUUAUAUUGAAAGCCCAAAAAAAUUUAUGGAAAAGGGUGUAGAUCCAAUAUUUCUUAAUAAUACUUGGACUUGCUUUGCUAUUAUUGCAAUUAAUAUUAUUGGUUAAAUAUUUUGUUACUUAAUUUUGUUACUCAUAGAAUUUAUAUGGCCUCCUGCUCUAAAAAAAAGAUCAUCAUAAAUCAGAGUUUUCUAAUUGAAACAAAAUAGUUAAACUAACUCGUUUAAUUUGAAUACAUAAAAUAAAUUCACUAAAAUAAAAAAAUAACAACAACCUUAAUCUUAAAUUAUAAAUACUCUAAAUUAAACAAAUGACCAAAACAUGAAUUAAAAUCAAAGAUUCCCCUAUCUUAUCAACAAAAUUUAUUAACCUCUAUAUAAAUUUAAGUCUAACUUCUUAUCUAAUCUAAUUAAAUCAUUUAACUUAGCCUUUUUAGAUUUAGUUUUAGCUAUCAUUCUAUAAAUUACUACUAUACCUAAUAGCCUUAUGGUUUAUGAAAUUGUAUUCAUCAAUCAAAUUUUGUCAUAUGCUAGUAUCAGUAUUUGCAUCAUCACUCUAAUCAUAUCUUAUUAUGUUACAACAAAACACUAUAUUCUAUUGGAUCAUGAACUCUUUUAAAAUUAAUAUGGUACAUUAUAUGAAAAUAUUAAUACUAAAUCUAGUACAGCUAUGAUGUACUCAUAUAUUAACUUAAACAGAAAAGCUUUAUUUAUUAUAGUUGUUGUAUAUUUCUAUUAUUAACCACUAUUAUAAACAAUAUUCUGUUGCUUCAUAAGCUUUUUAAAUAUAGCUUUAAUUAUUUAUGAAAAUCCAUUUACAUCCAAGGCCGAUCUUAUUUAAAAUGGAGUUCCUGAUUUUUGUAUCUUUAUUUUAAUGCUCCUUUCAACUGGUUUUGCACUUGACGAUAUAGUAAAUUAUUCAUUAUUUUCUAGAUUGGUUUACUAAGUGCUGAUCAAAGAUUUUAAAUAGGAUGGGUAAUGAUUGGAACUAUUGGAUUAUCUAUUUUUGUUUAAGUUGUUUUUUUAUUGAGAGAGUUUAUUAGAGAUUUCUAAGAAAAGUUCUUAAUGAUUUCUCAAAAAAUUCAAAUUUGCUUACAAUCUUAGAAAAAUUAAUGA